AUGACUGGAGAUCAUAGGCCGGAUAUCGAUCCUCCUCGAGAAACUUCCAGAUUCAAUCAGGCAAAUGUAGUUGAAAGCUUGAACCAACCUCGUAGAGGACCUUGUCAGUUCCUGCGGAAAUUGAAGAAUGGGUUAACCAAAAAGCUUCCUAAACGCUCCAAACGAACACGCAACCGCACCACUGUGAUCCACGACGUCGCAAUGGCUUCAUCGAGUCAGCAAGCCGAGGACACGUUGCAUCUCCAUCCUUGCAACGACAACAAGCAUCCCACCACAUCUGAUAUUCCAAGUGACUCCGUGAACCAAAGGCUGCCCGGAGAGCCUGCUCCGGAGGUUCAGGCUGCUUCUUCUGGCGAGGAAGGAAGACCUGAUCCCCAAUUAGUUGACGCCAAACUUCAGGGUGCCCGUGGUGGUACACAAAACAUGCGAUCACUCGGGAAACAUGCGACUUCUGUCGCAUCUGCCAUUGACACUGGCCCAGCGGAUCUUACUGCUGCAGAUGAUUUUGAAACGACGUAUCUCCAACCCCUCAAGAUUAUCGAUGCUGUCCUUGAGAAGAUUGCAGAUGUACAUCCGUACGCAAAGAUGGCGCUAGGUGCGCUAUCUGCUGCAUCCAAGGCACAGCGCGAUCAAUCGAUUAUUAGUCUUCUCAAGAAAUUGGCUGAAGUUUACCGCUUCAUGGCUCAAGAUGACAGUCUUGAAAAAUUUGAAUCGACGUGCUGUAUCGUUGAAAAGAUCCUUCACCAGACUCUUGAGUGCGCCCGUUUCAUCAGGGACUACUCGGAGACGAAGAGCUUUUCGACGCUUUGGACGGCCUUAUGCAACAAUAAGUCGAUCGGGACGUGGCCAUCUUCGUCCAACGUGCAGACCAUUUCAGGCGACACCCUGGAUCUCGGGGAUAUCGCUUAUGCAAAGGGCCCAGGACUAGAUACCAUGAAACAGUGCUUACAAGGGACGCGCACGGGGAUUCUUUCCCAGAUUACAGACUGGAUCAAUGGCAGCGGAGAUGCUGCUCAACGGGUGCUGUGGCUAUCUGGCCCUGCGGGCAAGGGCAAAUCAGCCAUCGCCCACACGAUUGCCAACUGGUUCAAGGAAUCGGGAGGCCUUGGUUCAUGUUUUUGUUUCGAUCGGCACAGAGAAACACUCUUCUUUGCCAAUGAUUCCCCAUCGACCCUGAUCGACCUCCAUCAGUUCCCAGAUUUGUCACAUGUCGGUGACUAG